AUGGAGGCAAACGAAACAUUUCCAAACGGCGAUUGCGAAGAAGAUCCUCCACAAGCAGAUCCAUUUCGUAUUAUCCUGAUUGUCGGCAUUGGGACAACCGUGUGCAUAAUUGGUAUAAUUCUCAAUGCCUUCCUUCUGCUCUCGCUUAGAAAAUUGCCGUUCAUCAGAAGCAACCUUCUUUAUCUAUUUCUCCUUGCUGUUUUAGAUAUAAUCGUCGAAAUUUGUUUCAUGCUCAUUUUUCCAGUUUCCCUUGUUUGGGACUACUAUCGGGUCGAAUUCUUAUAUCGCUAUUGGCAUUAUUAUAUCAAAUAUGUCUCAACAAUCGGGCAGGUGCUCAUUGCUGCCUCGACGUUGCUCAUCGUAGCAGCUUCAUUCGAGCGCUACAUCUGCUCUCUUCAAUCAUCGAUGCAGUUUUCGGCUCGUCGUCGCUUUUUCUGUAUUGUAGUCGUAGCGAUGUGCUCAUUAAUAAUGAAAGGAUCCGUAUUUUUUGAGCUCGAACUACAAUUUAUUCCCGAAUGUCCGCCAUUUCAGAAUCUAAGAUUGGAUUUGUCUGAAAUUACUAGAAGUGAAAGUUAUAAAACGAUUUGGAUGUUUUGGUGUCGUUCGACAUUCAAUGUGUUCCUCCCUUUCGCACUUCUCCUAAUUCUCAACUCACUAACAAUCACGAAUCUCAACAAGCUUCAUGUCAACGGAUUUCAGUCAGUUUUAGUCGAGCAAAUGCCGACUCUACUUCGUCGAAAUUCUGAAGCUGGAGCAGCGCGACGUCGAAAACGCGACGCUACUCGAACAUUAGCAGCUCUCAUCACUAUUUAUUUGCUCACGAAUACCCUCAAUCUGCUAAUCACAAUCAUGGAAUUCAUCAAUACUGACAUGUUGAGAGCAUUGAACGAAGGAUGGACAUACAAAUAUCUCGCCGAUCUUUCUUCCGUCCUCACAAUCUCUUCUACCGCAUUCCGAUUGCUCGUCUAUUUUCAUUGCAAUCGCGACAUUCGGGCUCAAAUUCGAGAUUUCGCCAAAUCGUGUUUUGUUGCAGAAACGAAUAAAAUGAAGCUGAAGAAGCUUUCAACACCAAUCGUGACGUCUUCAACAGAAUGUGUGUUGUAAUGAAUUUCCAAUAUUUCAUUCAAGUUUACGGGUCUUAUACUAUGUAUAUGUACAUGA